CUUAGCCCACUUUGUACUUUCUCGGUAAUUGUGGCCUUUAGGGGCAAGGAUAGGCUUGUUUGAGUACGACAGAAAUGUAAGGUACACAAUGUAUCUUUCAUUACGUAAUGUUUUGGUGUAGCCUAAUGGUCAAGUUAAGUUGCUCCUCACACACAUUCGUGCUCUUUAAAGGAAGUUUAACAUUUUCAGAUCGAAAGAUCUGUGGUAACAGAAACUCUUGCUUCAAAGUUAGACAGUCGUUUAUGACUAUUCUAUUGCCUGACAAGAACUUUCAUUGACGAUGGAUAGUAGCCGAAGUUGAGACCAGCAAGAGAAAUUACAGUGUCUACAUUCCUUAGUUUCAAUGCAACAUACACAUCAAGGGAGAUAUGUUUUUUCUUUUGUAGGAACUGUGGGACAUGAUUUCCGUACGAAGGAAGUUUAACAUCACAAAAUUCAGAUAUGCCUGCAGCUAGUCUGAGCAAGUUUGGACAUGGCUUGCAAAAAUAGUCCAGUUUCUACUUUUAGUUCUCCUUGUUCAAGUUUGAGGGGCAAAUAUAUUGUACAGUUGGCUGACGAGGAUAUUGUAAAGAGGUGUUUUGACAGCACGUUUCAGAAAGGGUCAGUAUGGGAUGGUUAGACUAAAGUCUAAAUAAUGGUGGGAAUGCUAGGCUACCUCACUGCUGAACACUUAACUAGUUAAAGUGUACCCCUUUCAGACACAUUCUGGACACGUGAGUGGGCUUCUUAAAGCUUGUGCUGGCAGUAAUAGUAUUACCCAUUUCAGGACUUCCCGUGGUUUGUUGUAACAAGCCUAACUGUUGUGCAGGGAAAAAUCCUCCACACCCACCAUCUCAACAGCUACAAAGGCUGUUUGGAUCCAGUUUGUCCUCGGAUACUCCCCCACAUGUUCAGGAUGUGAAGAGUUGAGAGAAAGAGAGAGACUCAUGCAUAUCUUUUUAUGUUACACAUUACCUGUCAUUUUCCAGCGCAGUGUAUCCAGAGAGGAGGUUUGCAGUGUGUGCACUGUCAGUGCUGUGUGUGACCAAGCAGCCAUUUAUUCUGCUGCUUGGCAGAGACAGUUGGGUGAUUGUGUGCCUUGCUCCCUGUCUGGCAGUGUUGUGAGAAUAUAUGAGGGGUCAAGUCUGGUGGUUGGCCAUUACUUCAGUUCUGUGGAAGCAGUGGUGUGGAACACUUCAUUCUCAAACUUCCUCUCCUAAUUUGUUUGAGAGUGUGAGGAUUUUCAACACUUUAUAAUUUAUGGGAUUUUAACUGAAUUUUUCUUGUUUAGGAGACGUCCGUUUAUUAACACUCUAGUCAUAUGGUACACACAUGCAUAAAUUGGACGCAAGAUCUCUAUGUUUGGAUUUGGUCUAUUUGGUUGUCAGAUUACUGCUGCUUUAAGGACGUCAGUGGCAGUAUGGAGAUCGCCCGUACACAGUUGCGUCAGAGAGCCUCCGAACCGUCCCACCUCUGAGGAAACUGCAUCACCUGUGUCUCUCACCGAGUUUGAGUAGCUGGUCCCUGCAGCAUGGAGGAGACGUCUAGCUGCCCUAACGUCAGCAUCCCCUGCCACAAUGAGCAGAGGGACAAGAAGAAGCGCUACACUGUUUACAAAGUGAUGGUCACUGUUGGAAGACACGAAUGGUUUGUCUUCAGGAGAUACACAGAAUUUGAUAAGCUGUACAACACGCUGAAGAAACAGUUCCCUUCCCUCAACUUGAAGAUCCCUGCUAAGAGGAUAUUCGGGGACAAUUUUGAUCCAGAGUUCAUAAAGCAGAGGAGGACGGGGUUAAAUGAGUUCAUCCAGCGAAUCGUGUCCCAUCCGCAGCUCAGCAGCCAUCCUGAUGUGCAAGGUUUUCUUCAGAUGGACAAAUUCAAAAACUUCUCAGACGCCUCAGAAGAUGAGGAUGAAAAGAACAACACUACCUCCAGAAAUAUUAACUUGGGUCCAUCUGGAAAUCCACAUGCGAAGCCCAGUGACUUUGACUUCUUGAAAGUCAUUGGCAAAGGAAGUUUUGGAAAGGUUCUACUUGCAAAACGGAAGCGAGAUGGGAAGUAUUACGCCAUCAAAGUCUUGCAGAAAAAGGUCAUUUUAAACCGGAGAGAGCAAAAACAUAUCAUGGCUGAGCGCAAUGUACUGUUGAAAAAUGUGCAGCACCCCUUCCUGGUUGGCUUGCAUUAUUCCUUCCAGACGACAGACAAGUUGUACUUCGUCUUGGAUUUCGUCAACGGUGGAGAACUGUUUUUCCAUCUGCAAAAGGAACGGACCUUCCCUGAGCUCAGAGCAAAGUUCUACAUCGCUGAGAUAGCAAGUGCCCUCGGCUAUUUGCAUUCUCUCAAUAUUGUUUACAGGGAUCUGAAGCCAGAGAAUAUUCUGCUGGACUACCAAGGACAUAUAGUCUUAACGGACUUUGGAUUGUGCAAGGAAGGCAUUUCCCAGGCGGAUACAACAACCACGUUUUGUGGGACACCAGAGUAUCUAGCCCCGGAGGUGUUGAGGAAGCAGCCGUAUGAUAACACAGUCGACUGGUGGUGCCUUGGCUCGGUCCUGUACGAGAUGCUUUAUGGCCUGCCUCCGUUCUAUAGCAGAGACACCCACGAGAUGUAUGAUAACAUACUCCACAAGGACCUGUUGAUGCGGCCGGGAGCAUCUCCUACCGCCUGGUCAAUACUGCAGGCACUGCUGGAGAAAGACCACACCAGGAGACUGGGCUUCAGAGAUGACUUUAAUGAGGUUAAAAGACACAAUUUCUUUGCUUCCAUCAACUGGGAUGACCUGGAGCAGAGAAAAAUCCCACCCCCAUUCAACCCCAAUGUGGAUUCUCAGUAUGACAUCACCAACUUUGACCCAGAGUUCACGGAUGAAACCGUCCCCAACUCUGUGUGCUACUCAACCGAGCAUUCCAUUGUCAACGCCAGUGUUAUGGAGGCUGACGACGCCUUCCUGGGGUUCUCUUACGCCCCACCUUCCGAUGACUCUUUCCUGUAAAAGAACUGGAAUUUUGGAAAAUUCAGUGAGCUGCGUUGAACUGUGCUCCACUGCCUGCUUUGUAAUAGUUGCCUUACUAGUAGAUAAUUCCUUUGGAUAAAAGGGAAGCAUUUUUUUUUAGUAGGAUGGACCCUUCAAGACACGGGCAUAGCACUUGAUAACAUAAAGCAGAAAUGAGUGAAUGGUUUGAGAUACAGUGUGUUUCAAAUCUUUAUUUUUUAUUUCUCAAAUAACAGAGUUAUAUUUUUAAAAAUCGAUUGACAACUUACCUGAUAUAUAUGUUUAAUUUGGCUCUGUCCAAAUUAUUGUCUAUGGUUAAUCUUUCCCGCUGAACCGGACUCUUGUGGAAAAAGUCAAUUUUCAAACAUAUUGAUUGUGUAUUGUAAAAUAUUUCAUAUUGAUGAAUUUGUCUGGUUAUGGAUUCCUUUUUGGUGGUAUGGUCAUCUUUGAAAUGUUUAAAAGUAUCAAAUUUAAUUAUAUAGUAAACAUUCUCUUUUUUUGCCCCUCACCAAAGAUUGUUUACACAUGCCCUGCUAUACAUCCCUGUAAAUUGUAUGUUAAUAGAACAUAUCAAAUAUUUGAUUUGUUUUAUAAUGGCAAAUGUAUGUAUAGGCCGAUGAAUGGAUUAUGAAUAUGUAUUUCGACCUUUUUGCAAAACACGAAAUUAAUUGAUAUUUUGUGCUUAAAGAUGAUGAGCACUUUUGUACAGAAAACAUUUGAAAUGUUAAGUUACAGAGUUGGAUUUAAAAGGGGACCAUGUAAAAUGCAGCUAUAGUGUGUGUAUAAUGUAUGGUCUGUUACAAUCACUCUAAAAUAGAAAUUCCCAACAGUAAUUAACUGAAACUGCCAACUCCCAACAGCUCCUGCAAUUUCUGAGAAAGUGCAUUUAGUAGGUUGAUGUGGCCUAAAGUGGUUUCCCCUCAUGCUGUAGGAUACUGUCCUCAAUAAAACGUUUCUUUGAA